AUGGUUGACACGGUGCUCAUCAAGUCAGGACGAGUUCUUGGGCACUUCUACACCAGUAAAGAUGGUUACAUUUGUCGCUUCAGCGCGCACGAAGUUACACGUCAGGCGAUAUACCAGCGCCUAGCGUCGCUGCACUGCCUAGACCCGCAGCUCAACCCCUUCGGCUAUAUUGCUGUGGCACACUAUGCAACUGGCGUCUCCCGGCUACUGAAACGUGCAGAGCUGCAGGAAUUGGCGACAACCAUUUGCGGGCCGUACGAAUUUUCAGACACGUCCCUGGUGGCCUCCCAGCACGAGCAGCUCUUCUGCCUUCAGGCAUACAUCGUACCGCGGCAUGACAUGCGGUACAUCGCGUCAUACGACGUCCAGGAGGGGCCGCUGUGCACCGUUCUCGCGCGGCGCUUCAGCGCCCGCUACACCAACGCUAUGGACGACCCGGCGUCUGUCCUGCUGGAGACGGCAUCCUCCGACCCCGACGAGCCCGCCCGCAGCUCAUCCAACCUCCUGGCCGGCGCCGGCUCCGUUGGCCGCACCACCUCUGGUAUCACCAGCUCCCUACCCGCGCCCCGCCGCGUCAAGGACGAUGUGGCUCGUCUCCUCCAGGCCGCCUCGUCCUUUGUGGAACGCGCACACGGGCAACGCAUCGUGGGGCUGGUGGCCGAGUUUAUCUCGGCAGGCGCGCCAACGCCGGGCAUGCCCUCCGGCGGCGGCCUCGCACUCAUGGCCGUACAUGCCGUACAGCUUGACCCGCGUGCCAGCCGCGGCCGCCUAGGCACAUUUACCGAGCGAUGGACCGAUUACCUAGAAGGCCUUGCGCCGGCCCCCGCGCCACAGGCGCCCACGCGCCGGAAUCAGUCUCCCAGCAUCCUUCGCGCUGGCGACUCGUCGCUGGUGAUGACGGAACGCUCCUCCGGGCUCCUCAUACGGACAUCGCCGUCGUCCGCGGGGUCAACUGGCGUUGGCGGGAUGCUGCCGGUGGGCCGCCACCUUCCCAACGCGGCGCACUCGUCCGCGCUCAAUGGCCAUUACACUCUGCGCAACGCCAUGUCUGCGGCCCGCCCUGGCGGCGGCGGCAACCCGACCUCCAACCCUGCGGCACCCGACAGUUACAACUUGUGGCUGUCCAGGGAGGGUGUUCCCACGGACAGCAUGUCGGCGAAACUGGCAUUGGAGGUGGAGUCUCUCCGCGAGCGGCUCCAGCGGCAAACCGACAUUGCGGUGCGGGCGGAGACGGCCCUGCAGCAGCUGGCAGUCAGCAGCCGCAAGGAAACUAUGGAGCUAAGACAGCAGAUUGAGGAGCUGCGCAUUGAGGUGGGUCGUCUGGGUGAGGCCAAGCGCAAUCUGGCCACGGAGUACGACCGGCUGCGCUCGGAGCGGCUGGGUUUGCAGGCGGGUCGUUCGGAGCUGAGUGGUGAGGUGGAGCGAUUGCGGACGGAGUUGGCGGGGGAGCGGGAGACACUGGCCAAGGCGGUACGGGACGCCACAGCGCGGGAGGAGCAGCUGGAGGCGCAGCUGCGGGUGGCGCGGGAGGAGCGGGAGGAGGCGCUCAAGCAGCUGGGGGGAUUGCGGCGGAGAGUGGAGGAAGAGGGCGAGGUGGUGGAGGCGUUGCGGGGCCAACUGUACGACUACAAGCAGCUUGUGGCGCAGCUCCAAGCCCAGGUCCGCCGCGGUCGCAACAACAAGCAGCUGCUGCAGUCGCUACAGGGUCUCCCCGCCAAUAUUGCCUCAGUGGCCAAUCUCAAUGUGGGCGGCGGCUCAGCGGGCGCCGCGGCAGGUGACGGCACCUCCGCCUCGCGCACCGGCCGCAACACCAAGGACGGCGAGGAGUCGGACGCGGACACGGACGCGGGCGGUGGAGGUGGCGGCGGCAUGGACGGCAACGGCAGUCAGCAGGGUGGGCAGAAGCCGCUGCCGGGCGGCGGAGGCGGCGCGACAGCGCGGCAGGGCGUCGUGGGGGCGGGCUAUGGCGGCCGCAGGUUCACCACCGGGCCCUACAGCCUCCUCGCGGAGAUCCGCCGCAAGCGCCUGGCAGCAGGAAAUGGCCUUCCACUGUUGGGGCUGGAGCGAGCGGACUCAAAAUGCGACGGGCCCACAGGCGGCUCUGCCGCCGCCGGAGCCGCCGCCGCCGGUGGCAGCGGCGGCGCCUUCGGCGCCGCCGUAGCCACCGCCGCGGCUGCAGCCGCUCCUGCCAGCGGCAGUGGUGGCCCGGAGGACACCAGCGGCACCGCCAGCGCCGCCGGCCGCCCGCUCCCCCCAGCAUCUCCCACGGGCAGCAUCAGCGGCACUACGGACGGCCCCGUGUUGAUGAGUAGCGCUUCGCUCAACGGCAAGGCAAUGGUGGUGGGUCUGGGCGCCCGGAAGCCCAAUUACGACAUGGUUCAGGUGUACGACCUCUUCCUUAUGAGCUGGAUGCGGGAGUCCCUCACGCCACGUAUGCUCGAGUGCCACGGCAUCGCGUUGCAGGAGGUGGCGGCGGAGGAGACAGCACUUGCGGAGAUAUUCAACUUCUACGGGCAGCUGGGGCAGGUGGUGUGGCUGGACUCCCGACUGACCAUGAACGAGAAGCAGUUCAUCAAGCUGGCCUGCGAGACGGGGGUUUCGGAGAGCUCGACCAACGACAUGCGGGAGGUGUUUCAGAAGCUGUCGGAUAAGACCGAGUUUGCGUCGGAGGCGGCGUCCAACCACCCGCACCCCUACAUCAACUUUGAACAGUUCCCCGAAGCCGUACUUCGGUUGGCGGCUCUGCGGUACGAGUGGCGGCCGCCGGAGAACCUGGAGGACGCUGAGGAGGAGCUGUACUUCGCCUCCCCGCCCUUCAUGCCGCCCAACCCGAGGCUGUCCCAGCUGGGGGAUGGCGAGGAGGAGCCCCCGCCGCGACCCCCCGAGACAGUGUUCGUGCAGAUCGUCAAGGCCUAUCUCACGGACGAUCUGCUGGUCCGAGCUCGCCGCUUCAAGACCGCGGGCAGCACCCGGGCCAAGUCCAGGUCGCAUCUGAGGACCGCACCACAGGGGCUGUGGCUCAGCUCGAAGUCGCUUACUGCGGGAUCCGCCUCACCUGCGGCGGUCUAG